UUUGCUGACCUCAGACAACGAAAAGCAAAAGCCAACGUCGCGCAGCCGCAGAAAAAGGCGUCGCAGAGGAAGGGCUCGGCUGUCCACACGCAUGACCUUCCGCAGGAAGAGCACGCACUAGCGGCCCAGGGGCUUGGUGAGGGGGUACAGAGUAAGGCUGAAGACUCCAACCUACUGGAGAGUAAGGCUGAAGACUCCAACCCGCGAGAGUCAACAACAGAGACAGAGGAAUUUACAAUAAAUUCUGCUGCUGAAUACAGUGAUCUUGAUGCUAAGAUGUGUGAGGCAAGAGCAGCUGAGUUAGAGAACAGACUCCUGGAGAAACAGGAAGCAGUCGAAGGAAUCACUGCACAUAUGGAUGAGCUACAGGAACAGCUUACCCAGCACAGUGACUCUAUGAACCUUCAGGAAACUGCUGUUCAAGAGGAGAACGAAGUCAUCAGGAAGUUAACAAGCUGCCUUCAACAAGCAGAGGAGGAUCAGGAUGACCUACAGGAAGAGGCUUCAUGUGUAGCUGGUCAGAGCCAUGAGUUACAGCUUCCAUUACACCAGGUUAAUGAGAUUCUGAGGAGGAAAAGCCCUGGAAAAAAUGAAGUCCUAGAAGCCCAGCAGCAGAUGUCCUUGUUUCAAAACCAUCUCAGAAAGCAAAAUGCACAUUUGGUGAUGCUGCGUCAGAAAGCAUGUGAUUGGGAAGAACAGCUUGAGUCUUCUCAAAAGAAUACUGAUGAUAAAGAAAACCUGCUUGCCCAAAUGGAAGAGGAUACGAAAGAUACAGUGCAACAGCUACACAAAAGCAUAGGAGGAAACGAACAACAUAUUAAAAGUCUUCAAAAUGUAUUGACAUCAGAAAGACUUAGCUUGCAUAUUCUACAACGUACCCUUGCUCUACGGGACUCAGAAAUAACAGAAUUAAAAAAUGAAAUAGCUCUGUGCAAAAUGAAAGAACAGCAACGUAUUGAAGAACUGAAAAUUGGUUAUGAAAAGGAUAUUUGCAGACAGUUGGAAAACUUGAGGGCUAAGCUGGAGAAGUGCCACAGAAGAGAGAUUGCAGAAGCCGAGCAGGUAUAUGAAGAACAAAUUACUUUAAAAUAUAAGAGUGAAUUUGAACAGUUAAAAAAAGAACUCUGUGCUCUGAAUUCUGAAGAACACAUUCAGAAUUUGAAUGGUAUAAUAAUUGACUUAAAUAAUGUUCUUCAUGAGUCUGAAAUUAAUAAAGACAAUUUGAGAAGGAAACUUGAAAACCAACAGGAAGACUUCCAGAGAGAAAAAUCUGAAAUUGAGACUAAAUACAAGGACUUAAUUGAUAGCCUUAAGUCUCAACUUUCAGAUGCAGAAGAGCAGGUCAAGGAAGCCCAGCGAUACAAAGAAGAAAAUCAGCUCUUGAGUGAAGAGAUUCAGAAACUGAAUAUUUUCAUCCAAGAAUUAAAUGAAAAGCAACUUAAUGAGGCUGAAAAAAGUAUACUUGUGAGGCAAAAGCCUGAUGAAGGGAUUGUCUCCAAUAAAAAGCUAAUGAAAUUAUGUGAAAAACAGAUUUUACCGGAGGUGUCACAGUUGCAGAGUGCAGAGUUUGAGGAGAUGUGGUGUAUUCCGCAUCAGUUGAAAGGUAAAGAUGAGCUAGUUCACAAAGAACUAGAGUUCCAGCAUGACUUGGGAGUAGACUCCUCAAGUGAUCAAUUAGAGGAAACUAAGAAUUCAAAUAUUACAGAGAAUAAUCACAGGGAGAAAAGUAGUGAAGGAGAUAAGCUGUAUGAAGAACACUUGUCAGAACUAGAGCUUCUUAGUGGUGCUGAAGGCAUAUUGGCUAAAUAUCUCAUCUCCACAGAGAUACCAGAAGAGUCAUAUGUGUCCAGCACUUCUGAAGGUUAUGUCAUUGAAGGAGGCAGAUGCAGUAGCUUAAAUAGUAGUGUGCUGCUAGAACCCAGCAGAGAUUUUAUACCAUCUCCAUUAAACUUUGGCCUUGAUAAGGAAACUUGUCCUAGCAGUUUGGCUCCAGAGACUUUUGAAGAGGCUGAGGUGGGAGCAGAGGGCUUUAUUUCAUUUUUAGGAGAUAAUUCCCUGCAGCAAAACAAAAUAAGUGACCACAGUGAUGUAAAGGAUGAUGAAACAGCUUGUUUAAUAGAGAGAUGUGUGAAGCUAGCUGACCAGCUCCGUGAGAAGGAGUUGGCCUUGAAGAAAGCUUACAAGGAGACUCAAGAAGCUGUUGACAAAUGGGAAAAAGUGAUGGCUGAGCUCUCUUGUGUGCGUGAGAAACUGCAUGAGGAACGUGAAGCACGAAUCUCUUGUGAAAAAGAACUUCUUCAAAAAACACAGGAGGAGAAAGAGCUUGAGAACGAAAUAAUGUUUCUAGUAAGGCAGCAGGGUAAGGGUGGAGGCCAAGCUGACUGUGCUGUAGAGCCUUUAACACAAGUGUCAAAAUCCCUGGUGACCUGGCAAGAAAUGGUAAAAGACCUGGUAAAAGAGAGAGAAAUGUUGAUGGUGCAGCUGCAAACUCGGGAGCAAUUAGUGAAGGACGCUCAAGAGCAGAAAACAGGUUCUGAUUCUGCAGCAAGUGAAGUACAGUCUGGUUUUAGAUGUCAGUUAGCUGCUCUGCAAAGUCAAAGGGAUCAAAUACAAAGCCAGCUUGAUGCUCAGAAGGCUGAAAACCAGAGGAUAGCAGAACUGCUUGGUCAGAAAACUGUAUCUGAAGAGGCACUGGUAAAAGAACAGGAGUUGCUCAAAGCUGAAAUCAGUAACAAAGAACAAGAUUUAGCACUCUUAUUGAUGGAGAAAACAGCCUUAGAAGAAAGACUAUCCAAUGUGGAGGAGGAUCUUGUAAAGGCAGAAAAAGCAGAAGCAGAUAGUGCUUGCAUCAUUGAGGAUCUUGAAAAAAACAUACAUGAACUUCACACUGAAGUGAAAAAUCUCAAAGAAAUGCAGGAGUGUGAGAGACUGGGUUAUGAAGACAGGUUAAACUUCAGCAACUUAGAAAUUCAUAAACUUAAUGCUGAAAUAAAGGCAAGAAACGUUGAAUACAGUCAGAAAAAAAGCCAGUUAACUGAAGAAAUCACCUGUCUGAAGAAAGCUUAUUUGGAGCUUGAGACUCGCUUCCAGUCUGCACAGGAGGCACAAUCCGAGCUGGUGAAAUAUUACAAGGAGGAGAUGGAUAAAAUGGAGGCUCAGCGCCUUGCUGAAUUAGCUCAAGUGAGUCUGAAACACAAGAAAGAGAUAGAAGAAUUAGAUGCUGAAAUAAAAGAUAAAGUGGAAAAACAGCAGAAGUUGGAAGAAGAAAAAAAGGAACAGAUUGCUUUAAUAAAAAAGAUACAUGAACGAGAGCAUGACAGAGAAAUCUCUGAACUGGUUACUAAACAUGAAGAGGAAAUGGAGAAGCUCCGUGCUGAACUAAAUAAAGAACAGGAGCGCUUGUUGGAUGAACUCCGGCAGCAAAUGGCAGCCACACACAAAGCAGAGUCUGAGCAAGCCCAGCUCCAAUCACAAGCACUGCACAGCCUUGAAUUGGAAGCCUUACGCCUAAGCUUAAAUAACAUGCACAUCUCUCAGCGUGAGCUCAUGCAGUCUAACUUGAGAAAAGAGAAGGAAACUGCCCUUGUGGAACUACGGGAGAUGCUCAAUGAUAAACGUGCUCAGGAGGUAGCGAUUCUGCAGAGCCGCCAUCAGAUGGAGUGGGAGAAGGUUAAAGAACAGUCUCUGAGGGAAAAAGAAGACCUGAAGUCAAAGUAUCAGCAAGAACUAGUUGAUCAGAGAAAGAAAAUAGAAUUGGAAAUGGAAGAGGCACGUAUCCAGGCACUAGAGAGUCUCAAAAAAGACUGGGAAUUGGAAUCUGACAUGCGUCUAAAAAAUAUGUGUGAAGAACUGUCUGAGAAACAUGAGACUGAAAUGACGGAACUGCAGAAAACUCUGGAAAAGGAGUUGGAAAAAGUCAAAGCAGAGCUGGGGCUGCUUUCUCAUGAGAAUGAACAGUCUAAAAUAAAAUGUGUGGAACUGGAGAAGCAACACCAGUUAGCCAUUACAAAAUUACAAGAAGAACUGGAGACUGAAUAUAAUCGACACCUUGAAGAUAUGAAGAUGAAAAGCCAAGAAAAAGAACAGAAUCUUCAGAAGCAGCUGGAGGAACUUCAGGUCACGCAUGAAGAGCUCAAGACUCGUUCACAAGAAGAAAUCAGGGAGCUUUGGUCCCAGCUUGACAGUACCCGAGCAAAUCGACAGGAGCUAAGUGAUGGUGAGACCAGAAUGCAAGCCCAUGGUCCAGAGCUGAAAGAGCAGCUCCUGGCUCGUGCAUCACGGGUGGAGGAAAUAGAGCAUUUGAAACAAGAAUUUGAACAGCAGCGUCAGCAGAGAAAAAUUGAGCAUGAAACUGAAUUGGAACAACUGAGACUUUAUUUUGAAAAUAAGUUAAUUGUGGCUGAAGAAAACUACAGAGAAGAAUUGACUUUGCUGCACCAGAGACUACAAGAUCUGAAGGACUACUCACUGUCAGAGUUGGAUGUGAGUCAAGAUCAAGCAGGGGACAUCAGUUUGGAAAAUCCUGCCGCAGUUUUUGAAGAGGCUGCUGAGAAGGGGAGAAGGAAUACACUUGGUCAGCUAAAUCAACAGCUGGAACAGCAUCAGGAAGAACUUGCCUGUUUGCAGGUAGAACUUAAAGAACAGCACAGACAUGAAUUAGAUUCCUUAAGAUCUUCCCUUACACUUCAAUAUAAGAAGGACCUAAUGAAAAUGACGAUGGAUUUGUCAGAAAAAUAUAUAACAGAAAUUGAGGAAAUUAAAAGAAAACAUUGUUUAGAACUUGAGCAGCUACGUGCCCAACUUUCAGAAGAACAUAUAAAAGAAAUCACCAAACUGCACCUACAGAGUGCUCAAGAUGCAGCGCGUCAAGUUGAAAUGGAGGUGGCUGAGCGAGCGUCUGUGCUGGAGGAAGAGCACAAAGCUAAGCUCUCCCUCCUCCAGUCUGAGAAACGGCAUAUUGCAGAGCUUUCAGAAGAAAUAGAGCACUUAAAGGAUGAGAUUACUAAACAAAAAGACUCCUCUGUGCAGAAUGAAAAGCAUUUGAAAGAGGAAAUGCAAAAGAUAGAAUACAAAAUUGCUGAGGAUCACAAGAAUCAACUAAGGGAAGCCAGAGAAGAAGUUCAGAAAAUAGAGGCUAUGUACAAAGAAAAAGAGAAGAAAUGGAAAUGUGAAAUUGAGGACCAGAGAAUCCAAGCAGAAGAGACGUUAUCGUCGCUGCGUAUAGAAUUGCAAAAUAAAGCAGAAUGUGAGAAGCAGAAUUUACAAAAAGAGUUUGAACGUCGAGAGGCUGAAAUGAAUCAACUUCAUGAUCACCAAGCUGCCAAAAUUCUAGAAUUGGAGAAGCUGGUAAAAGAGCAGCAGAACAACUUACAGCAGCUAGAGGACAGCCUUGCAAGUGCACAGACUAUGCAGAAAUCUCAGGAGCAAUAUGAUGCUGACCUGCAGGCAGCCAAAGCUCUCAUGGAAAAAGAAAUGGAAAAGGUCACAGUUUGUCUGAAGGAAGAAUGUGCACUGAAACUUAUGGAAGCACAAAGCAAGUUUAUAGAAGAACACAAAGCUGUGACUAAGAAAUUCACAACUGAGCAAGAGAUUCUUCUUCAAGAGCUGAAAAAUAAACAUGACGAUGAGCUGGAACUCCAAAGUCAGCAGUUACAGGAGAAGCAUAAGCAGCAAAUUUUGUCUCUUACAACCGAGUUUCAGACAAAGCACCAAGCUGAAAUUGAGACACUUAAAUCUACACUAGAAAGUAAACAGCAGAUUCAGCUUGAAACUUGUGUUGCUGAACUACAGGCGAAGCAUCAGGCGCAAAUCAAUGAGUUGGAGGCCAAACACUUAUCAAAUCUGGAUUCCCUGGAGUCAUCCUACAUAUCUGAAAUUCAGAAUAUAAGAGAUGAACACAGUCAGGUUCUUGAGAAGCUGCGGCUGCAGCAUGUAGAACAGCUCCAUGAAAAGGAUAAAAUAGAUCAAGCACGCUUGAUUCAUGAGAUAGAGAUGUUGAAAAUAAAGCAUGCUGAAGAACUUCAGCUUGCCCAAAAUAAUUUGAAAAUCAAGCUAGCUACUGUUCAUGUGGAAAACCUUAAAGCCAUGGCUGUUGAAACAGAAGAAGCUCAUAAGGAUGAUAUAAACACAGCUCUUCAAAAUCAAAGGAGGUUGCUGGAAGAGGAAAAACGUCUGGCCCUGGAUGCAUUACGUGAGGAAGUAUUGCACAUGGAGGAAAAACACAGGAAAGCACUCCAAGAACUUCAGGAUCUUCAUGAGACAGAAAUUAAGAAACAUAAGGAAGAAUUCUCCAGGGAGCUGGAAAAAGAGUUGGAGAAACUAAAAGCACAGCAUGAACAUGAGCAAGAGAUGUAUGCUUCUGCAUCAGCCUCUGAAGUAGAAACUGUGCGAACAGCUCUUCUGGCUCAAUUUGAGGAUGUAAAAUUGAAGCAGCAGCUUCAGUUCCAGGAAGAGAUUGAGCUACUGAAGUGUCAGUCAGAGGUACUGCUUGAGCAGCAGAUUGCACAGCUGAAGGAUGAAUUUGAAGCUGAAAAAAAGGCAUCACUACAUGACAAGGAGCAGAUGUUGAUUCAAGAGAGGGAGAAAGCUCAAGCAGCUCACCAAAAGGAGCAAGAGAUGUUAACAGCCGAGCUGCAGGAAAAAGGGGCAAUAAUUACCCAGCUGGAGAAGAGAGUAGAGUCUUUAAACCAUGAAAUAGAGGAGACCAACUCUGAACUGGAGACACUCCUUCAGCAGCGGGACAGAGAAAACCAAGAAGGAGAGAAUCUGGUAGCCAUGUUGAGAUCAGAUAUUGAGCAGUCCAAGGAUGAAAG